GUCCGACUGCUGAGAGCCUUCCGACGAGAUGGUGGUGUUGGCGAUGCUGUCCGUGCUGGGGCUGUUGUCCGUCGCGGCGGUCCUGGGGCUGCUGCUGCUGCUGCUGGGGCGGCGACGACGGGGCCCCAAGGCGGCGAGCGGUCCUCCCGGCCCGACGCCCUGGCCCGUGCUGGGCAGCCUGCACCUGCUGGGCAGCCACGACAACCCCUUCCAGGCGUUCACGGCGCUGUCGGCCCAGUACGGCGACAUCUUCAGCAUCACGCUCGGCUCGGCGCCCUGCGUCGUCGUCAACACCUUCGAGCUCAUCAAGGAGGUGCUGGUCACCAAGGGCUCGCACUUCGGCGGCCGGCCCGACUUCAUCCGCUUCCACAUGCUGUUCGGCGGCGACCGCAACAACUCUCUGGCGCUGUGCGACUGGUCGGACCUGCAGAAGACCCGGCGCGCCAUCUCGCGGGCCUACUGCUCGCCGCGCUUCGCCUCCGCGCACUUCUACAACCUGGACACGGUGGGCAGCUGCGAGGUGGCCGCCUUCGCCGACGUCCUCCGGCGCCGCGCCGCGCCGGGCCAGCCCCUCGACGUCAAGCCCUUGCUCAACGUCGCCUGCUUCAACCUCUUCACGCAGUACAUGUGCAGCAAGCGGUUCGCCUACGACGACCCGGACUGCCUGUCGGUGGUGCGCACCUUCGACGAGAUCUUCUGGGAGAUCAACCAGGGCUACGCCGUCGACUUCAUGCCGUGGCUGCUGCCCGCCUACGCCGGCCACAUGCGGAAGCUGUCCUCGUGGGCGCAGUACAUCCGCGGGUUCAUCAUGGCCAACAUCGUGACCGAGCACGAGAACACGCUCGAGAUGUACGGCGACCCCCGCGACUUCACGGACGCGCUGCUCAUGCACCUGAAGGAGGACAGCAGCAUGGAGUGGCAGCACAUCAUCUUCGAGCUGGAGGACUUCCUGGGCGGCCACUCGGCCGUCAGCAACCUGGUGAUGCUGACGCUGAUCGCCGUGGUGCGCAACCCGCGCGUGGGCGAGCGCAUCCAGCGCGAGGUGGACGCGGCGACUGCGUGCGGCUCGCGACACGUCACGCUGUUCGACAGGGCGUCCAUGCCGUACACGGAGGCGGCCAUCUUGGAGACCCUGCGCUCGGCGUCCUCGCCCAUCGUGCCGCACGUGGCCACCGUCGACUCAACCAUCGGAGGUUACGAAGUGAAGAAAGGCACGGUGGUGUUCAUCAACAACUACCAGCUCAACACCGGAGAGAGCUACUGGUCGAAGCCGGCCGAGUUCAUGCCGGAGAGAUUCCUGUCGGCGGACGGGCACGUCAGCAAACCAAAAUACUUCAUCCCGUUCAGCACAGGCAAGCGGACGUGCAUCGGCCAGCGCCUCGUGCAAGGAUUCUCCUUCCUCCUCGUGGCGUCCAUCUUGCAGAGCUACGACGUCUCGGUUCCGGAAGGCACCGUCAUCCACACGCCGACCGCCUGCGUCGCGGUGCCCCCGGACACGUACUCGCUCGUGUUCACGCCUAGGAAGAACAGGGAGAGCUCCGGGCUGUAGACCGCGCGUAGCACUCGCUCCCCCCUCGCUGCUGCAUUUCCAUUCCCAUCCCACGAGCACCUUGUACAUAUCUCCAUUCCCGACCAACUUGUCGGUGUGAUCAUUAAUCACGGUGACUUUUCUGUGUCUUUUGUGUACGCGAUGUUUGUACAACUACGGCUGUCUUUAUUUAAUCACUUGUAUUUUUGACUGAGCUGUAAAAGGGCAGCUAAUUUUUUUCAUGAUGCAUCAUGUGUAGGGACUGGAAAAAUUCGCGGUUUCGGUGACCUCUAGGAUAGACUCCACCAUACUAUAUGAACUCGGGCAAAUUACACCUGCUCAUUGGUUACUGACUCCUAAUACCUCUUAACUGGGAUGCAUUUGAUUCGAUAUUUCUUUUGUUGUGUUUUUUUUUUUCAUUGACUUACAGUCCUUCAGAUAAUAUGUGGUCCAAUAACUGAAUCAGCAUAAAGGUAAACGUAUUUGUAUUCUAGUCUAUCGCGAAAUUAAACUGCGAAUUUUUCUGGUCUCUAAACAUAUGUUUGUGUAUCAUCCGUAGAUCGGAUGAAUGAAAAAAAAAUAUUGACUUAAAAGAACUCACUGUAGAAUUAGGACUUAGUACGUUUCGUAAAUUUGGGAAACGAAAUUUGCUUAAUAAUCUUGAUUCUGUCGUUUAUUUUAUACAACUACAUGUACCUGAUAACAUCGCCAAUAUGAGUGCUUAAAAAGGCACAUCCUGGCUGUUAAAUCAUAAAAAUCAAGAUCACAGAUGUUGAUGUCUUUGAAACAUCAUUUGCAAAUUAACACAUCUAUAAUUGUGAUACUUGUUUGUUUAGCUAGUAUGUAAUGCGAUACAAAAAUUAAAUAUGUAAGAUUUUAAGGCUGCAAAACUUUUAUAUUUUUAUGAGGUGAAUUGUUGAUUAAAUUUUAUAGACUUCUUGCUGACUGAGCACUCUCUCAACAGGUAUGCCAAACUUUGAUAUUGUUUAGUAAAUGCUUAGUGAAGGGUAUUGUAAUUUUAUUAUGUACAGUGUUUAAUAAUUGUAUAUAGUAACGUUAAAGAAAAUCAUGAAGGAUUUUACAGAACUCUGCUUAACCUCGCUUUUAUUAGAUAUUAGAAGUCAAUGAAAUGUAAGUUUCAUGUCGCAUAGUUGAAAGAUUUUUUUUGUAUAUGAUAAAUAAUCUUGAGGCAAUAUGAUGUUAGAAAUGUACAGAAUUUUUUUUACUUUGAUGUUUGUAAUACAUGCUGUUAUUUAUUCCCAGUCUUGCCAAUGUAACAAUGUAAUAGCUUUAGUUAAGUCUUUAAAUCAGCAAAAUCGACAGUGAUUUUCUUAGGACGAUCCUUAGUACUUACAGAUCAAUGCCAUUGCAAUGCAUGUAAAUUUUAUACUUGUGAUAAAAUAUAUUAUUAAGUUUGUAAA